UGGGUUUCUUUAAUGGUUCUUUAGUUGCCCUGUGAUGUGUGACUGUGUUGCAGUGGUACUGGGUCAGAAUGGCUGGAGGGUGACUUACAACCCUCAGAAUAUCUGUACCUUGAAGAGGUCAACAGUGAAUCUGACCUGCUCUUACACAUAUCCCAGAGGUCAUACAGUCACAGAGACAUCAUGGUUCUAUAGAUGGUCUGUUGUGAAACCUCAGAAUGAUGAUCGUGUGGAAUACUAUGGGGACAGAGUGAACGACUGCACCCUGAGAAUCACAGACCUGAGAGAGAGCGACUCAGCUGAGUACUGGUUCACAUUCGAGACUCAGAUCAUACAAGGUCAUGUUUUUCAAAGUGUGAGAAGUGAGAGCUAUUCUGGCAGUCCUGGAGUCAGGCUGUCCGUCACAGGCCUGAAGCCAACAUUUCAAACUAUAGUGACAGAGGGACAGCCUGUGACACUGACCUGUAGCACCACCUGUACUCUGACUGACAACCCCAACCCCACCUACAUCUGGAACAAGAACAGACAACGUCUCACAAACCCAAAGACCAAAAAUAACUACUUGUACCUAGACCCAGUCAGCAGUGAGGAUACAGGCAGAUACUCCUGUGCUGUAAACGGCCAUGAGAAUCUCCCCUCUGCUGAAGAGACUCUCACUGUCAGAUAUGGCCCAAAGAGAGUGUCAGUAUCAGUCAGUCCUUCUGGUGAACUAGUGGAGGGCAGUUCAGUGACUCUGACCUGCAGCAGUGAUGCCAACCCACCUGUGGACAAAUACACCUGGUACAAGAAGAAUGUUACCCAACCAAAAGCGUCAGGGCAGAGUUAUAGCAUCACUAACAUCAGCUCUGAGGACAGUGGAGAAUACUACUGUGAGGCUGAGAAUACAAUUGGAGCCCAGAUAUCUACACCUCAAUUGAUCAUGGUAGCCGGUAAGAUGUGUUUUUAUUUUAAAUUUCAAGUUACACUAUCAGAUAACAUUCAUAUCAUUCUUUAUGCUUUAGGGAAACAAGCUUCUGUGAAGAAUGCAUCUAUAGGAAUCAUAGUGGUGGUUCUGGUUCUCAUCCUCUGUCUCUCUGUCCUUAUGUGGUUCAGGAAGAAGGCCUCCAAAUCCACCUCCGACACAAGAGACAGAAGAGACACAGUAGAGAAUGGACAGGGAGACUCUAGUCCCGUGUAUGACAACAUCUCAGGCAUGGCCAUGACCCAUACUGCAGCACCGACAGUGGACACAGACAACCAGGAUAACGUUCACUGCGCCAGCACCCAACACAGAAACCAGGAAGUGCCUGAAUACUCCACUGCCCAACCGUCUCAACCCCAGAAACAGGAGGAGGAUGUCCAGUACGCUGCUGUGAAAGUUAACCACACCAGUACUGUUGACAUGCCAGUAGAGACCACUGUGGUACAGAACACUGGAAACACCAGGUUUUAGUGUAGCUGGUGAAAAAGUAAAGAGAAAGUAAAGAGAAAUAAGCCAAUUGUUAUGGACGAAUUGUAGGGAUAUUUUCCAACUAUUCUUCUUGUAUAAUAUGUUUGCUCCAAAAAUGCAUUUAUUGUAAAGACCUUCACUGACGUUUUGGUUGUCAGGAAGAGGCCUCAUGAAGACAGGACGUCAGCUCUGCAUCCCAAUUUAAGUCCCUCAGUACUUCUAGUUGGUGUCAACCACAGACAUCACAUUAUUCUGUUUCACACUGUCAGUAGGUCCCCUUCCACACCUGGUAACAUUCAUUUACUACAUCACUACACCCUGGUUACAACUCCACCUCCAUACCUGGUGACAUUAAUUUACUACAUCACUAUACCCUGGUUACACCUCCACCUCCACACAUGGUGACAUUAAUUUACUACAUGCACUAUACCCUGGUUACACCCUCACCUCCACACACGGUGACAUUAAUUUACUACAUCACUACACCCUGGUUACACCUCCACCCUCCACAUGGUGACAUUAAUUUACUACAUCACUACACCCUGGUCACACUCCACACCUGGUGACAUUAUUUACUACAUCACUAACCCUGGUUACACCUCCACCUCCACACCUGUGACAUUAAUUUACUACAUCACUACACCCUGGUUACACCUCCACUCCACACAUGGUGACAU